AUGAAGGGUUUUGGACAUGACGCUUCACCCAUGCACUACACAGCGUACCUGCCCAGAAUGGAAAACGGCGAAGUUACUGUAAUUACGAAUGCGGCUAACGCCGUUGCGACGGCUGCUGCUGCUGCUGCUGUCGCCACUGGCCAUCACAACCUACCGUUACCGCAUACGGCCCAUCAUUAUUCCUCGUUCGUGCACACGCCGCCGCCCUCGACCGCCUCUUCGCCUUCAGCGUCUCCGUCGAGUUAUUCCAGUGUGGUAACAGCGUCCAAUAGUAGCAGUAGCGACCGCCUCAGUCCGCCCAUCGUACGCAUUAAGACAGAGUCACAUAGCGAUGACAACAUACAGCACAACAUCCAGAUGAGCUCUGAGUCAAGCGCACUACGAAAUAAAUCACUGGCUAUGUGCUUCACCAGCACUGGCGCUGCACUAUCGCUCCCUCCAAAAAAGAAAGACAUUUACCGGCCAUAUUCACUCGAUGAUAGGCCAAGUGUGGAGCGUUUGCGUUCUCCAUAUGAGAGUUUGCGUAUACCAGCUGAGGAGGAUUUGCACGCCGCUCACGCCAUACUCGAUCUGAGUGCUUCCACAGCCUUCCACCCGCCAACACAGCCACAUCAGCUCCAGCAGGUGCAGCAAGUACAGCACAAUCCCACGCCGCCGUCACAACUGCACCCGUUACAUCAUCAUCAACAUCCGCUGCACCAAAUAACUCAUGCUAUUCAAUUGCAACAACAACAGGAGACCAUCAUACACCAUAGUGGUCCAUCCAUCGCAGAUUUGGCAGCGGCCGCUAUUGUCGCAAACGAACAGCGACCCAGAAGUACCGCUUCCCUGCACAGCGUUAUGAGCGCAUCUGAUAGCGAUCGGCAGCCGAGUUCGCCGGCAAGCAGCGUGCAAAAUGAGAACAGCAACACAACCAACCAGCUGACGACUACCCAGUCAAACAAGACCGUGGCCUAUACCUAUGAGGCGUUCUUCGUUAGCGACGGCCGCUCGAAGCGCAAACAUGUCACCGAUCCCACGACCAUAGUACAACAAGAUCAACAGAAGGCCAAGUACACUUGCACCGAAUGUGGCAAACAGUACGCCACAUCGAGUAAUCUCUCGCGCCACAAACAAACGCAUCGCUCGCUCGAUUCGCAAUCAGCGAAGAAGUGUCACACCUGCGGCAAAGCGUACGUGUCAAUGCCGGCUCUGGCAAUGCACUUGCUCACGCACAAACUCUCGCACAGCUGUGACGUUUGUGGCAAACUCUUCUCACGUCCUUGGCUCCUGCAGGGCCAUUUGCGUUCGCACACUGGCGAAAAGCCAUAUGGCUGCGCACAUUGCGGCAAAGCAUUCGCAGACCGCUCCAAUCUAAGAGCGCACAUGCAGACGCACUCGAUCGAUAAAAAUUUCGAAUGUAAACGCUGCAAUAAAACAUUCGCGCUCAAGUCGUACCUCAACAAGCAUCUAGAAUCGGCGUGCCUCAAGGACGAGGCGGACAUGCAGUUCGACAGCGCCAGCGAUGCCAGCAGCGGUAUGGUGUCGCCACCACCCUCCAUGGAAGAUUAUCCUUUGGCGCCGACGGCACAGCAGCAGCGGCGUUACAUCAGCAAUUCGCCAACACCGUCGGCGGUAAAUAUUGGCAGUAUAAGUGCGCUUACGAUACCAACACCAGCAGCAGCAGUCGCGGCGGCAGCAGCUGCGGCAGCCACAAUGGUGAAGGUGGAAGCGACCUUCGUCGGCUAAAAUCAACAUUGAGAUGAACAGCAGGAAAACAGAACACCAGAACACACAGCAGCAGUUAAGUGGCCCUUUGGUGCAAUUGUAAGUAAUAGUUAAGAGCAAGCAGGUAGUUAAGAGUGGAAAAGUUCGGAAAGUUGAAGUGCAAAAGUUACGGUUUUGUUGCAAGCGAAUGUGUGGCAUGUCGACUCGUUUAUGUGCAUAGUUAAAACCAGUGCAAAUUAACCCUUACGGGGUUGGCAAAAUUACCAGUGACAGUAUGAAUAGAAUUAAAACUACUUAAUAUUAUAAUAAUUUAAUUUAAUUGUUUAAAUCUUACAUAUUUACUACAUAGAUAUUUUAUGUUUUUCGUUCUUAUGUUUUACUAAAUAUUUGUACAAUUGAACACACGCUGAACACACGAGACAUCACAAAACGUCCACAAAACAUUAAGAAUACUCGAUAAAUGCAUAUACAAAAUGAAAAUUAGAAAUAAUAUGCAGAUUUAAGGCAGUAGUAAGUUAAGUAGUUCUAGAAAAGCAAACUCGUAGUAUUUAAGAGUUGGGAGAUUCACAAAGCAACAACAACUUCAGAUAUGAGUAACAAAAAAAAAAAAAACAAUUAAAAAUACACCAGCAUUCGAGCAACACUCGACCGUGAAUACUCAUACGCAUACUGAUACUCAUAUUCAUCGCAUACUCAUACUCAUACCAGUUUCAAAGAGCCGCAAGAGCUUUUUUAAAUGGAUUUUUUAUUGAAUUUUUCCGUACUCAUUUCAUUUGUAAAUAAAACUUUGCUCAAAAUAUUCAACUAGUAGUUACGAUUAGCGCUUUCCCACAUUUCAUUCACUAGAAAGUAGCAACAACGCGUCAUCUCGAGCUGCGGGCAAUCUCAGAAGCGUUUCAUAGCAUUUUUCCAUCGAAAACACAUUCAUACAACUCCAUUCACAAAGCACCCUCAUACUCAGCAUGCACAUUCAAUUUGAUUAAAAGCUUAUAAAAUAAGUAAACGCAAACGUGAUUUACAAGGCAACGAAUAAAUAACAUUUUGAUGAAAACAAAGAGCAACGUUUCGCAUACAACGAAUUAGGCUAUAAGGAUUAGAGACAGAUUUUUACAAUUUUAAAUGACUAAUGCAAUUUUAAACUUUAAUAACACACAUACAUACACACAUAUAUACUGAAUAUUUAUAGACACACCAAUAAAAAAAAUAUAUACAUAUUUCGCUUAUUAAGUAGAAAGAAUGCAGAACCACAUGCAAUAAUCACAUCGUAGAAACAGUAAGCAAUAUUAAGCAACGAAAAAUAACCACAAAAAGCAAUAAAACUGUUAUAAAGUUUCGUUCAGCAGCUAUGUAUGUAGUUAAGAGAGAAAAUGCUAAUAACAACAAAUUCAAAGCAAUUAUGAAAAAAUUGGAAAAGUUAUAAAAGUUUACGAAAAAUGCAAGCAAUGAUUCUCAUUACGCCAGCUGAAGAUUUGGGAAUACCCAGCAAGCAUUUUCAAUAAGAAGCGAUUCGAAGUUAACUCUUUUUGGUGCGAAACUACACGAAUUACUUGCGAGUCGUAUGCGUUUCAUAUGGGAAAGAAAAAAAUCUGCCACUAAGAAUUCUGCUGUACAAUAUAAAAAUCGAGUCGCAGCAAUGUUCAAAAAACGACUCGUAUCGAGUGGUGAUUUUUUUUUUUUUGUGUACAAUAAAGGUAGUUACAGUACGCCAAAGAGAAAAUCUGUGUUUUCUCAUUUCACUUCACAUAGGAGAUUGAAAAAUACAGCGCUCUUCCAUUUCAUCGCAAACCAACAUGAUCUUCAAAUUAGGGAUGUGCGUAUAUAGAGUUGUAAAACACGAUUCAUUGAAUCAAUGCGAAAAAUCUUAAUUUUGGAAAUAAUAUUUUCUUUAUAAGUUAAUUUUUGCAACAGAUUUAGGUAGCAUUUUUUUUAAAAAGGUAAUUUUUCAGAUACAUAUGUACAUUAGGGCGGGUCAAUUUGU